CUUUGCAGAACUGAUCUCAUCUGAGCGUGCAGUAAUGUAGAUCCAGGAAGCCGUCCGUGUCGCUUGUAUCCUAUCCUGUAACCUAAUGGAGCUGCCUCUGUCGCGUCGCUCCGUCUCCUCCGCUGUGGCCAGUGGAAAUGUGGCCGCCCCUGGGAGAAACGCACCGUCCGAGCAUCUGUCCGCCUUCUCCUAAUUUCUUCUCUCUCACAUCAUCGCUAAAACUUUCAAUAUGAGGAUCUUCUGGUCUUUGCUGAAAAACAGCAACCCCAAAAUCGAGUAUUACUCCAGAUUUUCACCGUCCCCGCUCUCCAUCAAGCAGUUUUUGGAUUUCGGCCGGGACAAUGCAUGUGAGAAAACGUCCUUCAUGUUCCUGCGUAAGGAGCUGCCCGUUCGGCUGGCCAACACCAUGAGAGAGGUCAACCUUCUCCCCGAUAAACUGCUUAGCCAGCCCUCUGUCAAACUAGUGCAAAAAUGGUACAUGCAGAGCUUUGUGGAGCUGCUCGAUUACGAGAACAGAAAGCCAGAGGACCCUCAUACUCUGAACGAUUUCCUGGAGCUUUUGAUUGAGAUCCGCAACCGCCACAACGAUGUAGUUCCCACCAUGGCUCAGGGGGUCAUCGAGUACAAGGAGAGGUUCGGCUUUGACCCGUUCAUCAGCAGCAACGUCCAGUAUUUCCUGGACCGCUUUUACACCAACCGCAUCUCGUUCCGCAUGCUCAUCAACCAGCACACACUCCUUUUUGGUAACGAUACCAACCCAGCACAUCCCAAACACAUAGGCAGCAUUGAUCCGAACUGCAACGUGGCAGAAGUUGUCAAUGAUGCUUACGACACUGCCAAGAUGCUGUGCGAGAAGUACUACUCGGCCGCUCCCGAGCUCAAGAUUGAGGAAUUCAACAUGAAGGCUCCCAAAAGGCCCAUCCAAGUGGUGUAUGUGCCCUCUCAUCUAUUCCACAUGUUAUUUGAGCUCUUUAAGAACUCCAUGAGAGCAACAGUGGAGCUUCAUGAGAACAGUAAAGAGGGAUUACCACCAGUGAAGGCAAAAGUCACUCUGGGUAAAGAGGAUCUCUCGAUAAAGAUCAGCGACAGAGGAGGAGGAGUCCCUCUCAGGAAGAUAGACCGUCUUUUCAACUAUAUGUACUCCACUGCCCCGACGCCGAGCCUGGAGCCAGGAGCUGUCCCGCUGGCUGGUUUUGGCUACGGUUUACCAAUUUCCAGGCUGUAUGCCCGAUAUUUCCAGGGGGAUUUGAAGCUGUACUCUAUGGAAGGAGUUGGCACGGAUGCAGUCAUCUAUCUGAAGGCUCUGUCCAGUGAGUCCUUUGAGCGUCUGCCUGUCUUCAACAAGUCGGCGUGGAGGCAUUAUAAGACGAGCCCCGAGGCGGACGACUGGAGCAACCCCAGCAAAGAGCCACGUGAUGCCAGCAAGUCCAAAUACAAAGCCAACAGAUAACUCUGCCCAGCUCGCUAGCAAAGCCUUCCCCUGGGAGCCAAAAUGCCGGCACUCUGCAUAGAGCAUGCACGAUGAAAUGUUGCCCUUGGGUAAAACGCCUGGGUUUGGAUUAGACCUGCUUUCACAUUCCAGUCGCUAAAGGUUUUGAAAGGAUGGAUGUCCUCCACUCAUAUCAGUACCCAAUGGCAAUGACCUUCAUCAGCGUAGCUUUCACUGUCGUGGCUUCACCACUGGCUGUAAGACGAGGUUUAAAAUGAACCUUUUCCAUGUUAUAGACCCCCAGUGUCCGACCCCUUUAAAAAUAUCUGGUUGCUCUCGUGAACCUUUACAAAGAUGAACUUCAUUUCUUCAAAUUUACUUUAUAGCAGUACUGCCAUCUCUUCCUCUGUCUCACACACAUUGGCCUGCUGCUGACUAGGCUACUGCUCUGUGCAGCUGAAUAAGCUCCCCUCCCGCUGCUGAUCGAGUGUCUUUCUCAGUAAACGCUCGUAUUCUGUUUCUUUCUCGCCACACACAGGCAGAGUCAGGAGAAAGGGGUUAGUUUGAGUGCAAGUUAGAAUAGGAGGAGGUUUUACUUCCUUCCUUUCGGAUACACUCUUGACUGAACGCACAAUUAGGCCGGUGUGCCCUUGGCAUAGAGACUUGUUUUGGCUGCCCUCCGUUUUUAGCUUGGGGGGGAAAAUAGGAACCAAUGGAUGAAGCAUACACUUUAUUCUUAAAGCUUCUAAAAGUCAGGAUUUUAUUUAAUGAAAAAGAGAGCGAGCCUUACUUCUGGUAACGUAUGGCAUAUUUAUUGUUUUUAAAAAGCCCGCCUUUGAAGGCUGGAACUUGAAGAGCAUUUAAAAAGGGACGAUGUUAGAAGUGAAAAGUUAAGUGUUUUUUACUCAACUUUGUUUAGCUUUGCGCUUAGAGGAUAACCAGCCACCUGCAGACAAUUAACAAAUGGUACUAACCCUCAUCAACCCUAUUUUUGCUCUUUGUCCUGAUUUAACAACUACUAACAGACAAAUGGAGCAUCUCUCGGAUCCUUAGGAAAGAGUUGCCACCAGAGUUGUCUAUUCACUGUGAUUCAAAUGAUAGUAGCAUCAUCAUUAUUACUCUUUUACCUUUUCCAAUGAUCAUGAGAGACUUCGCUUGAGUAGCCACGAUGCACUCGCAUAAUCUGAAUUGCUCAUCAAUAAAUCGUAAUUACGUUUUUUGGGGGUUUUUUUUAGUCAGUUUGUCCUCUCAGCAAAACACCAGAUGAAGGAAAGCGCAGGGUUGCAGUCGUGUCAUUUUUCAGCCACACCAGCACCAUGUAUUGCUUAGAAAAAAAACUCCUUGCUAAAUGCGAUGGAUCUGCUGGGAUCACACUUGGACUAUUUAAAAAAAAAAAAAAAAAAAGGUGGGAUUACAGCUUUUAUUUCGACACUUCUUAUUUCGUCCUGCAGACGCUGCCAGCACGCCACGGUGGAUAAGCAACUUGCUCGCAGCUUUGACUUUUUUUCCUAACAAUGCUUCAUCGGGUCAGCGUGUAUCUAUUUUGUGGUACUACUAAUCCUCAUAGUCUUCUGAGUUUGAACAAAGUUCUGCUUUUUUAUGUGCUUCUGCCUUUUUUAACUUGAGUGAAAAUAACUGAAUUAAAAGCUAAACGUAAGAGCAGAUACUUUGACAGGCUUUUAGUUUAUUUGUACGAUUGUGCACAAUUUCCCUUGGCUUUUUUUUUGUCUUUUGGCACUGACACGUGAUUGCUUUUAUUCAUCUUUUAGUGAUUUGUAAGUUUUUAACUUGAUUUUUUUUCCUUAUUUAUACAAUAGGAAGUCAUGUGGCACACACAGUUGAGGGUUUGGAUAAGUCGGCGGAGGAAAAUGUGGUCAAAGAAGCAGAGCCUCCAGGGCACUGAAAGUGCAUCAAUCCAUCCACUUUUUUUCUCUCUUUUUUUGGCACAUGGAUCAUAUUCAGGAACCUGUUUUUGUGCACUUUACUAAUCCUACGUGUAUAUUUUUAACCUCAUGUAGCUUUCAUUCAAUCACUCCAGACCUCUAUCAAGGAGCUAAUUAAAUCGGAUCGGAUCCCAGGUCAGGAUUUACUAAUAGUGAUUCAAUUUUUUUUGAGGCUGCUGAAAAAGACCAAAACUUAAAUGAGUCAUGGCUCAAACCUGGAUUUAUUUAAAGCAGAUGUUGGGAGAUUUUUCACAAAUACGAAGAGACUUAUUUUUCUCAUGUCAUUUAGCUUCACCUGACGUGUAAAGAAAGAAUAACUCGGUGUGGAAACCGACAUAUUAACCAUCAGAUUUCAUCACUGCCAAUUCCUUGUGACCUGCCAGUGUGGCUGAUACCCUGUGAAUAACCUACCGUAGAGGAUGAGCUGCGUUAUAGGUUAGUGGUUGACGUGUAGGUCAGUGUGGUCCUGUUGUUGACCAGUCACCUAAAAACCACGUCUUGAUCAAAGUUAUACUUCCAGUUUCCAUCAUUUAUUGAAAUGAAGAUCUUCUACUUUUAGUAGUUUACUGUUUAAAGACCUUCUAUGUGGUAAGAGUAUUUUAGAAAAUCAUAUAUAAUGUAUAAGCUGUACAUGCAGCCAGUGUGGAGUGAUGAGUGUACUUUCCAGCCUACUGUACAUCCAGCUUAAAUACUGCAUUUGGAGUCUCCUGGAUAAGAGGUGGUCGUGCAACAUCAACAUACACCAAAAAAAAAAAAGUUUUACAGUGGUCUUAUAAUGUGAUUCAGCAUGAGAUGAACUUCCAAUACCAACUGUCAAACAUUACAAUAAAAGAGAUUUGCUGUUGUGUGUAA